AUGAAAAACUUUGAGAGAAGGAACGAUGCCUUGCGCAUCAACGGUAACACCGUAAAUGGCAUUACCGCCGACAUUGCCAUCACUCCUCGCGGCUCCGACUUCUACUUCGCCAUCUGCGCUGCAAUGGCCGUAGCAGCAUUCACAUUCGUCGGCCUCGCCCUCCAGAAACAUCGCCGCGACCGUAUCUUCCAUUAUAUCACUGCAGGUGUUGUAUUCGUCGCCGCAAUCUCUUAUUUCUCUAUGGGCUCGAAUUUGGGGUUCACUCCAAUUGUGGUUGAAAACCAGCGCAGCGACCCUAAAGUUCAUGGGGUAUUCCGUGAGAUUUUUUAUGUGAGAUAUAUCGAUUGGUUUAUUACGACACCCCUGUUGUUGAUGGAUCUUUUGUUGACGGCUGGGAUGCCAUGGCCGACAAUUCUGUGGGUUAUUUUGGUGGAUGAGAUUAUGAUUGUUUGUGGGCUUGUGGGUGCGUUAGUCCGAUCCACCUACAAAUGGGGAUAUUUUGCUUUCGGAUGCCUCGCUCUCUGCUACAUAAUCUACCAACUCGCGUGGGAAGCCCGACUCCACACCAACCCCCUGGGUAAAGACGUGACGCGCGUCUUCUUCCUUUGCGGCUCCCUGACCUGCAUCCUAUGGGUGCUGUAUCCCAUCGCAUGGGGUGUAUGCGAAGGCGGAAACGUAAUUGCACCAGACUCAGAGGCGGUGUUCUAUGGCGUUCUGGAUUUCCUGGCCAAGCCGGUGUUUGGUGCGUUGUUGCUUUGGGGGCAUCGUAGUAUUGAUCCUGCUAGACUGGGUUUGCAGAUUCGAGAUUAUGAAGAUGAUCCUGCAGUUACGCCGGUGGCUCACGCAGGAGAGAAGUCGAGGACGAGGAAUGGGGCGACAGCUGGAAAUGGGGAUGGGGUAGCGAAUGAUAUGCCGCAGGAUAACGCUGCUACGGUUUAAGAGGUAUACGAG